AUGCAAGCUCAACCAUCAGCACCAUCUGAUAUGAAGUGCAAGGAUAAAUUUCUAAUUCAAAGCACUGUUGUACCCUUUGGGACAACUGAAGAGGAUAUUACACCUGGCAUGUAUGCAAAAGAUAGUGGCAAAGUGGCAGUGGAGGUGCUGGAGAUGCUAAACCUUGCUAUUAAAUAUAACAAGGCAAUGCAGGAAGAGGAUGAGUUGCCACCAGAAAAACUAGCAAUUGCGAAUGUGGGAAGACAGGAUGCCAAAAAACAUCUUGAAGAACAUGUCUCCAAAUUGAUGUCUUCAAGCAUAAUUCAGACUUUGGUUCGCAAUGGUCGAUGUAGUUCUGUUCUAGGGUUCAGUGUUUGA